GUACCCUGCACACCCCGCAAACAUCACCCGGCUAGAAGUAGUCCUCCAGGAGUGGACGUCAUGGAUCAACUACUGACAGAAGAAAGCAUGAAGUUGGACAAGCUGCUGGGCAACGUCAUCAGGUCGGCCGACGUCAUCCUGUGGGGCACCACACCCGCCACCCCGCCGCACGCACCCCCCUCCUUCCUGCAGCCGCCGCCUGCCAAAGUCAAGCCCGGCAUGGUGGACUACAUCCUCCCCCCCCCUCAGCAGCCUGCAGUCGCCCACAGCCACACCUCAGCUGACCACAGCCACACCUCAGGUGACCACAGCCACACCUCAGGUGACCACAGCCACACCUCAGGUGACCACAGCCACACCUCAGGUGACUUGUUGCACGUGGGAGACGCCGCCUGCCAGCAGCUGGAGACCCUGUUGGAGACCCUGCCCUGCAUGGACGACGACCUGUCCAACGUCCUGGACGACUUCUGGCUGCCCGACUACCUGAGUGGCAGUGAGGGAACCCUCAUCAUUCAGGAGCAGGACAACAAGGUGAUGGGGAUGUCGCUGGCUGAAGUUCCAGGCCUGCCUCCUAUUGGAAGACUAAACGGCGAGGUGAUGUGCGGGUUGCCGUCCUCCGCCACCAUCUCCUUUGACCUGCCCAGCGGCGCGGCGCAGAGCAUGUGUUACAGCGGCCACGCCCAGCCGGAAGGGGAGCGGCCGUACAUCAAGAAGCCGCCAAACGCCUUCAUGCUGUUCAGGAAGGAGCAGAGCCCCAACGUGGUGGCGCAGUUCAACAUCACCAACUCUGCUGCCGUCAACAAGAUCCUGGGGAAGAUGUGGAAGUCUCUGCCCAAGAAGCUGCAGGCCAAGUACUACCAGCAGGCCGAGGAGCACAAAGUCCUGCACAGCCUGCAACACCCGGACUGGUCCUGCACAGAAAACUAUGGCAAGAAGAGGAAGCGAGACCGAGGAAGGCACAACUCCAGCGUCUCAGUGAUGGCGGAGGAAUUUGAGCACGGCCCAUAUCGCCACUACCAGAAGUGCGAUGCGAGGGACACACAGACACAUGGCUGCUGAGAGGACCUACCCAGCGGCGUCAGGGCGACGCAGAUAUGAAGACUGGCUGUGAUGGAAGAAGAUGUUCCUGAUUGAUGGGAGAGAAGAAGCCAUGCUUGAUUGACACUGCACCAGUACAUUGGGAUCCAUGUUGUUUUUCCAUAAUCAAUCAAUUCCACAAUUGAUCUUGCCAGACUGCAGGCAAGAUUGUCUCCAGUGGACAGUGAGAGUACUGCGAUAUUGUCCGCACAUACUUGUACUCUCCUCAUGAUACAAGUACGUGCGGAAGUGGGAGGGCGGUGUAUUGUUUGGAGCACCUGAGCACAGAAUAAAGAAUCAGAAUACGGCCGAGUCAUCAAUCAAUCAAUGACUUGCAUUCCUGUAGAUGGCAGUAAUGAGCUGUGUGUGUGUGUGUGAGUGUGUGUGUGUUGUGUGUGUGUACCUUUUACUUUCUCAUGGGAAAUAAAAUUAAAAAAACUAAAAA